CGGUUACUGAAGGCAAAGUAUGAGGCUAGCUGCCAAGUAUCCAGAGAGCUAAACAGAAGCCAAACUGCGCUGCGUGAAGGACCCAUCAUCAGCAGAGAGUAAAUGUUGACGGAGUGUCCUCGUAUCAGUUUAAUAUCGGGAUCAUAUAAUUCAGUUUGACAUCAAAACAAAAUGCAAAAGCCUAUCGCACCGUACGAUAGACCACUUUUGUCACUUUUGAAAUACUGUUAGACGGCGAACAGCCAUCAGUCUAGCGGUCACUUUGUCAACGACCAGGGGAAAGUAAAGUACUUUAACGUUAGCGAGCGACAGUCAACGUUGCCUAUUUUAAGAGAUGAAAUUCUGAAAUAUUUGUAACAUUUGUGAUUGUUAUUACUUAGACUUUCUUUUAGCUAAAACAAUCGCCUAAGUUUUUGGCUGGUGCAGGUUAGCCAGGCGUUCGCCUGUUAUUUGGCUAACUAGCUAACGCCAUCAGUCCGUGUUUGUGUCCAAGUUUACAUUUCGGAAACCAAGAAGUGAGCUUGUGGUCCAAACCGCAGUGAUGAUUCCUGAGUGCCCACGGAACACCGAUGCAAGAAGCCGAACCCGGUGCCAUGCCCAGAUGGCUGAAUCUAACCAGAACCGCUCCGGUUUACUCUGUGAGAUCAAAACCCCCAUUCAGACCGGAGCUUUUACCGAGCACUACAACAUUAUACCGGGCAAAGAGCUGGGCAGGGGGAAGUUCGCGUGGUCAGGAAGUGUGUGGAGAAGAGCUCGGGCCGAGAGUACGCCGCCAAGUUCAUGAGGAAGAGGCGAAAGGGGCAGGACUGCCGCUCCGAGAUCAUUCACGAGGUCGCCGUGCUGGAGCUCGCCACUGCCAGCCACCGCGUCAUCAACCUGCACCAGGUCUACGAGAUGGCCAGCGAGAUGGUGCUCGUGCUCGAAUUUGCUGCAGGAGGCGAGAUCUUUAACCAGUGUGUUGCUGAGCGGGACGAGGCCUUUAAUGAGGGCGACGUGAAGCGGCUUCUGAGGCAGAUUCUGGAGGGCGUGGCCUUGCUACACAGGAAGAACGUGGUUCACCUGGACCUCAAGCCUCAGAACAUCCUGCUGACGAGCGACUCUCCCCUCGGGGACAUCAAGAUCGUGGACUUUGGGCUGUCCAGGAUGGUGAGCAGCAGCCAGGAGAUCCGUGAGAUCAUGGGCACGCCAGAAUACGUGGCACCAGAAAUUCUGAAUUAUGAGCCAAUCAGCACAGCCACUGACAUGUGGAGUAUCGGCGUCCUGGCCUACGUGAUGCUCACGGGCAUCUCUCCGUUCCUAGGGGACGACAAGCAGGAGACGUUCCUCAACAUCUCCCAGAUCAACGUCAGCUACGCUGAUGAGGAGUUGGAGUGUCUGGACAAGGCAGCCAUUCACUUCAUCAAGUCUCUCCUCCUCAAAGACCCAGAGGAGCGAGCCACUGCUGAGGAGUGUUUGCAGCACCACUGGCUCCAGCAGCUGCCGGAGGUCCUGAAGGAGGUGGCCGAGCCCUUGGACACUCCAGUGGAUGGUGAGUGCGUCCUGGGGCCCGUCAGCCCUGGAAGCAGCGGCACCGGGUCCAGCUGCGCCGAGUCCGACCCGGAAGAGGUCACGGAGGAGCUCAUCGUCAUGGCGGCGUACACUUUGGGUCAGUGCCGGCAGACGUCAGAUCAGGAGACGCUCACGCCAGACCAGAAGGCCAUCUCCAAGCGCUUCAAGUUCGAGGAGCCCUUCUCUGCCCUGCAGGAGGUGCCGGGUGAGUUCAUCUACUGAUCAGCUGACCACUCAGACCGCCAACCAUCGCUGCGAUAAGCUUCGAGUACGUAAAAGAAGAAGUAGCAGAGAUGGCGACCAAUUAAAAAAGGAACAAAAUUCGCACUUCGAAGAAACAAACAAGUCUACUAUUACUUUUAACCCCAACCUCAUGAUUUGAACUCACAAGCCAAACUUUUGUUUUAUUUGUUUUAUUUUGUUGUCAUGAUUGUGCUGCUUUGCUUCUUGGCAUUAAUGGGCACGUCGCUCCAGACGCCGCCUUGCUGUGCUCCUUCAUGUGUAGUUUUCUUCCAACUUUGGUGCCAUGCUUGAAACUUUUUGGAGUUUGUGUUGGACCAUACUGUGCAUGGAACCCAAUCACUUUUGUUUUUUUAACCUUUUCUGUGUUUUUCAUUUUCAAGUUUCCUUUGCCAUGUAUCUGAAAGUUAAUAUCGUUUGUGCAAAAGUUUAGAUGUUCAGAUGUUCGUUUUGGGGGGCG